AUCAAAACAGAAACCGACACGGAAAGCUGCUCAACGCUUAUAAAAUAAUUUUGUUAAAAAAUGUUUUGCUAUUUAGAUAACUGUGAUAAUAAUUUAUCAAGAUUUAAUCCAAAAUAUCCUGAUGACUGUAUUAUGCAGCAUAUUAAUUGUGUGGAAGAGGAAAUUGUUAAAAUAUUAGCGCAUUAUAAAGCAUUGAAAAAGAAGACUGAAGAAUCAAUUGAUGCCCAAAUGCGAUAUGAGAGGAAAUAUAAAAAGGAGAAAGAGAAGAACGAGCAAUUACUUUUACGUGAAAAGAAAAAUAACAAAGAAAAAGAAUGCAGAAAGUCAUAUCCAAAUGCAAGUGCCUUAAAAAAUAAUGAAAAGAGCAUACAUGAAACUUUUGACGUGAAUUCUUCUGAUAAAAAUGAGAAUGACGAUCCAGACUUUCAAGACAACUUAUUUAAAUCAAUUAAAAGAAAGACUCCUAAAUUCGUUAAAGAACAAGAAAAUCUUCUGAAAAAGAAAUCGCCACAAACUCCUAAAUUUGAUAACGAUAAGAAAAGAGUAAAAUCAGAUAAUUUGAAGCAAAACAAACUCGUAUUCAAGUCAACAGAGAUAGAGGAAAGCAAUGUUAGUGCAACGGUUAACAAUGUUGAUAAAGAUGAGACUCCAGAAGACGUCAACAACAGAAAACGAAAAUCAAGUGGUUGGCUUAACGCCAAGAAAUUAAAACUGAAACCAGAAAAUCCUAAAUCAAAACCCGAGAAUUUGCAGAGGCCAAAAAUAAAAUCUAAAAAAGACGACCAAGCUAAAACUAAUUUUGGGCUGUUUCAAUUUAUUGUCCCCCAAAGAAAGGAACGGAAAUUAUCAUUGGAAAGUGAAGAUUCAAGCAGGUCUCCUAUCACAUCUCCAGUAAAAGUAAAUCUUGAUGUGGUCAAAGAAGAAAAACCUUCACAAAAGUUGUCAUCAAAUCGUUCACUUUUAUCUGAUUGUGAUCUCUUUCAUUCAGGAGAUGAUCUGAGCAUUGGGAGCAGCGUUGAAAUUAUAGAACCUGAUGAGAGUAAAUUAGUUAUUCAGGUUUCGGAUUGUACUGAGUAUAAAGAGGAACUUUUUGGCAAGGAGAUUGAGGAAGCUGUGAUGAAACAAGAGGAAUAUGAGUCAUUUGCUGACACCCGUAGCCGGACUAAAUUCUAUGGAGAAUGCAAUGACUGUCGUGAAUUUUAUGAUGAAUAUGCGACAAAGUAUAGCGCUAAGAAAGCUAACAAGCACAUCGAGCCAUGUAAGAAAACUCUCAAAGGAAUUCCCCAACCUUGCAAAGGAUUUCUUCUCCGUAAGAAACUCGCUGAACCACCUUUGCCAAAAGCUCAUUCACCACCGAGACGUGAUCACAACAACUUGACGCCAGAUGGAUUCUGGGACAUUCCUUUCACGCCAGACGACCCAGAUCGCACUCAAGAUGGUCUCGUGUAGAAAUAUAAGAAAUCGACUUUCGAUUUUAUUUUCCAAAAAUAACUUUUGAUUUAUUUCUAUAUUUUUCUUGUUUUCACAACAAUCUUUUCCACCAAACACACGCAAAAUAAAAAUCAACAUUUCCGAAAAUUGAAAAUUUUCACUUUCAUUAACUCAUAAAAGUCUUUUGAGGAUUUCUGAAAGUUUUGAUAUAUAAAUAAGGAAAUUAAAUGUCUGAUUUAUAACACAACAAAGUUUAUGGGCAUUUUCUUGGGAACUUCAAACAUUUGGGAAUAUUCAAAGGGUUGGUUCCAGAUUCUUACCACAAAACAAUUUAAAUCAUGGUAAAAUUAAAAAUAUUAUUCAAGUUUCUUUUCAA